UUUAUCAUAGCCAUUCUGUGAGUGUACAGGCUACGUUGCUCGCGCGCAGUGGUUACUCCCUCAAGAUUCUUCAAACCAGACCCCACAAAUUUCCCACCCUCUUCAGUGUCACACACAGUCACCAGGCGGCUAUCGUGAGUGAAUCCCCGUCGCUCCCCGAUGGUCGGCGAGUGAUCGGGGCCUCCUUGCGGCCGAUAGCAGAGCGCCGGGGAGCGUCUCAGUUCGGCAUUGGUGAGUCGGGUCGAACACAGGCCUGUGCAGAAAACUGUUGAGUAGUGAAGUUAGCGACCCUGAAGCUGUGACAUGCGGUGCUAAAAGUGUCGGAGAAAUAAGGGCAAACGGUGUAAGAAAGUGUUUUCAAAAGACUGUCGCACAGUGAUAUCGUAUUGCGAAAGGAAGCCUUAUUGGCCUGCCGUGAACAGUGACUGUGGCAGAAGAGAGUGAAACCGACACCAGACCUCUCCACUGCGCGGCGACGCGCGUUGAUUGGGUUGUGAACAUUCUAAGCAGCUGCCUGUGGGUGCUAAAAAUAGCCUAACCGAUACGCACAGACGAGCUCAUAACAACCCAGUGAAAGGGGUUCCUAACCCUGCGAACAUUCGGAAUGGACUCAACAACGAUCGGCAUUGACCUGGGCACUACCUACUCGUGUGUGGGUGUCUUCCAGCACGGGAAGGUGGAGAUCAUCGCCAACGACUAUGGCAACAGGACCACACCGAGCUGCGUCGCCUUCACCGAUACAGAGAGACUUGUGGGUGAAGUGGCCAGAAGCCAGGCGACGCGGAACCCCGAGAACACCGUGUUUGAGAUCAAGCGUUUGAUGGGGAGGACAUUCGACGACCCGAAGGUGCAAGAGGAUAUCAAGAACUGGCCGUUCAAAGUUCGCGACGACUGUGGUCAGCCCAAGGUCGUGGUCGAGUACAAGGGAGAGGUGAAGAAGUUCACCGCCCAGGAGAUCAGCUCGAUGAUUCUCAUGAAGAUGAAGUCAACGGCUGAGGCGUAUCUAGGAACCGAGGUGAAACAAGCGGUCAUCACGGUACCGGCCUACUUCAACGACUCGCAGCGCCAGGCGACCAAGGACGCUGCCAAGAUCGCCGGUCUCGAGGUGAAGAGGAUCAUCAACGAGCCGACAGCGGCCGCGCUGGCGUACGGUCUCGACAAGAAGCUCUCUGGGGAGCAGAAUGUGCUCGUCUUCGACCUGGGCGGCGGUACGUUCGACGUCUCCAUCCUGAGCAUCGCCGACGGCUCCACAUUUGAGGUGCUCUCCACUGCCGGAGACACACACCUUGGCGGCGGCGAUCUCGACAACAGGAUGGUUAAGUAUUUCGCCGAUGAAUUCAAGCGCAAGUUCAAGGUCGAUCCCACAACCAGUCCAAGAGCAAUACGCAAGCUGAAGAUGGCGUGCGAACAGGCCAAGAGGGCUCUAUCUUCCACUUCAGUAGCGACAGUUGAGAUCGACUCCUUCUUUGAGGGCAUCUACUUCUUCAGUAAGAUUACAAGGGCUCGCUUUGAAGAGCUAUGUAUUGACUUGUUCAAGCAAACACUGGAGCCAGUCAAGCAGGCUCUCGCGGACGCUGGACUGAAAAAGUCUGACAUCCACGAGGUCGUUCUUGUGGGUGGCUCCACACGUAUCCCGAAAGUGCAGAACCUCCUCGAGGAUUUCUUUGACGGUCGAACAAUCAGCAAGAGCAUCAACCCUGACGAGGCGGUGGCGUACGGAGCAUCUGUCCAGGCCACCAUUCUUUCCGAAAACCCCACUGAUGCGUUCAACGACGUGCUUCUCAUUGACGUCGUCCCACUAUCUCUGGGCACAGACGUAGGAAAACACAGCAUGGCCACCAUCAUUGAGAGAAACACGCGCAUUCCAGUGACGAAGAGCCAGUCGUUCUCCACUGGAAGAGACUACCAGACCGCGGUGCAUGUCGGCGUGUACCAGGGGGAGCGAGCUCUCGUCAAGGACAACCACAUGCUGGGCGAGUUUGUUUUCGACGGACUGAGGUCCGCUCGGCUCGGCGAAGUCAGCGUCAACGUCGAGUUCUCCGUUGACACUGACGGCAUUCUCAAUGUCAGCGCCAAGGAGAUGCAGACGGGAAAAGUGAUGACCAAGACCAUCUCCAACGACAAGAGUCGGCUGAGCCAACGCGAGAUCGAGCGCAUGCUCCAAGAGGCACAGAUGUUUCAAGAAGAGGACAACGCCAGACGUCAAGCUGUCGCCGCUCUUCAAGAGUUUGAGCAAUACGUCUACUCUGCCGGGCGAACUGUCGAAGAGUCUGGUGGAGGGCUGUCGGACGACGAAAGACGCACUGUUUUUCAGCUCACCGGAGAAGCCCAGAGGUGGAUGGACUCCAACACUCUUGCGGAGAGGGACGAAAUCCAGCACCGGUUCGGUGAGCUGAGGGAACAGCUUGAGCCGCUUCUCAACAAAACUCGCCAGCAACCUUCCGGUGAAACACACCCCGCAAGCGAGGCACAAGGAAACAGGGAACGGGAAGGGUCACCGAGACGAGCACGAGACGCGUCACCUUCUGGAUCACGGGAUGGACGGCGUGAUGAACCAGAGAGUAGAUCACGUGAGGGAUCACCACACGGAUCUCAACAUGGAUCGAGAAAGGGGUCGCGAGACAGGCCGAGGGAAAGUCGUGGCGGAUCAAAUGAUGGAUCACAGAAAGAAUCGCGCAAAGGAGCGCGAAAAGGACGCCCGGAUAGCCCAAGAGACGGAUCAAAGGACAAAUCACAAAGUGGAUCACGACAUGGGUCACGGCACGGAUCACAAGACAGUGGAAGUCGUGACGGGUCACGUGAUGGAUCAAAGAAAAAAUCACGGAAAGGGACACGAAAGGGACAUCGGGAUAGCUCAAGAGACGGGUCACAGGACGGAGCACGGGAGAAACGAGACAAAAGACGGGACAGAUCACGGACGGGGUCACGAGAGGGAUCACGCGACGGAUCACAAUAUGGUAGACGGGACGGAUCACGGGAAGAAUCACGUAGCUCAUCAUUGGACCGACGUGGGGACGAAAAACGGGGUGGAAGGAAAAAGGGGAGCAAAUCACGGAAAGGUUCACGUGACAGAUCACGAGAAAGGGGAAGUCAUGAUAGGUCACGUGAUGGGUCACUGAAAGACUCACGGAAAGGAACGCGAAAGGGACGUCGAGAGGGCUCAAGAGACGGGUCACGGGACGAAUCACAGGAGGGAUCACGGGAACGUCCACGAAAAGAAAAACGGGAUAAACGGCGGAACAGAUCACGGGAUGGAUCACGAAAUGAAUCACGUGACAAACGAGAAAAACAGCGAGACGGGCGAAGGAGCGAAUCACGAGGCGACUCACAUGACCGUCACCGCGACAGAAGAGAAAGAAAGCGAGACGUGUCUCGCGAAGGAUCACGAGACGACUCACGAGAACGUCGUCGCAAAGAAAGAAAGGACAAACGAAAGGACAAGAGAAGAAGCAAAUCACGAGACGAGUCGCGAGACAAACGACGCGAGGGAAAAAGAGACGGAAAACGGGAUGGAAAAAGAGAAGGAAAACGCCGAAGCUCUGUAGAACGCCCCUCCUCUCUAGGCCCUGAGAGCGAUAGUGGCGAAGCUACUCGUCAAGACUCGAAAGAUCGCAACGAGCGAGACGAAGGCGGGAGACCUGACUCACUUCUUCAGGAUCUCCUGGGAAGAAGGAGGGCCCCGCGAGCCUCCAAUUUGGGUCUGCGUGGCGGUCUAAGAGGAAAGUGGGCUCUGCCGGAUGACCUAUCCCCAGAAAGGGAAACAACCAAACCGUAUACCACUGUGGAUGAUCAGGUGGAUUAACUGGAUUUGGGAUUAGGUGGAUUGGCGCAUUAGGUGGUUGAGUGGAUUAGGUGGAUUGGAGCUUUUGUGGAUUGAGAUUAGAUGUUGGAUCACGGAUUUAGGACGAUUGCUGUGCUUGGUAGUUAUUUUCAGCAUUGCAUUCGCCAAUGUGAUGAUGAGCUUCAGUUAUGUGUUGGUUUAGCUGUUCACGUUGAAUUAAUUUCAAGUGCAGUUGUGCGAAUGGUUGUUCAACCGUGAUUGGUGUCAAUUAGCACUGUAUUUCGUAUCUACUUUUGCGUGUGCGCUCCUGAAUGAAUAUGUUGAUUGUUCGCAAUGACCAAUAAAUAACUAUAAUCACGAAAUG